AUGGUGUUCACAGCAGGAGAAAAAAUGAUCCAAUCCGCACCAGGAACCAUGACAAUGGAUAGAAGAUGGAAGCCCACCGUCGAAUUAGCUCCGAAUUGCCCACGUUGCGCGUCUCCCAACACCAAAUUCUGUUACUACAACAAUUACAGCCUCUCACAGCCUCGAUACUUCUGCAAGGGCUGCCGAAGGUACUGGACGAAAGGUGGUUCUCUUCGAAAUGUGCCAGUUGGUGGCGGUUGCCGGAAAACUCGCCGAGCAAAGUCUGCCAGGCUUCCACAGACUGAACCCACCUCCAUGUUUCUCCGUUGCACGCAGCCCAGUUCUACCUUCUCUCGAGAAAGCCAACCAUCGGACGGGAAGCGAACAGUAGCGCCAACAACAGAACCCACCGAUGUCUCGAACAUCGAUCUCGCGGCUGUUUUUGCUAAAUUCGUGAGCGAGAACUCGUGUUUCGAUUCUGGGUUUGCUGUACCUGAAUUGUCAAGCGAAAACGAGAUGGAUGCGUCCUUCAACCUUUCGAGUUCUUUGAAUUCGAACGAAAUAGCAGAAGAUCACAACGUUGUAGAGUGGCAGAGACCGUCUGAUGUAGCACUCCAAGCCCACUUCAUUGAAGAGUCUCCAUCUCCCCAGAUGUUUCCAGAUGAUCAAUUUGAAUUUAACUACAAGCAACAAGAAGAGAGAAUUUCACACUUCACGGUUCAAGAUCUCAGCAGUUUCGAAUUUCCACCAUUAGUUAGUGAUGGAAUCGAUCAUGGUGCAUUGUGGUCCGAUGCUCCAUCCAUGCCGAAUUUCACAUGGCAACCGGCGGAGCUGCAGAAAGGGAUCGAGAGUUUCCCUUCCAACGAUCAUCUAACGACGUUUCAUCCCAAUUUACAAAACGAUAAUUGGAGUUCGUUUGAUCUACCCAGUUACGAAGCUUUCUCGAGGCCUUGA